AUGGAGAUUGGCACGCACUGCGCCCUCUCUGACUGCGGCCGACUCUCGUUCCUUCCGAUAUCCUGUCCGCUUUGCACCACCACAUUCUGCGAGUCACACUUUCUCCCCGGGCAGCAUAGCUGCUCGAACGCUUCUUCGACUAUAAAAAAUCUGAGCGAUCAUGAUCUGCUCCGACAACUCGCAUCCGCAGACUCCUCCAAAUCAGGUUGUAAGAAGCUCAGUUUUGAGGUUCAAAAGCAACCAUUAGAUGCGCCGACACGAAAUCUUACCAAAACGGCUUUCACACAUGCAGCGCCACGAUGCGAGAGAUGCAAGGGCCUGUUCUGCGCGGCUCACCGCUCGGCGGUUAGUCAUGGUUGUUCGGCACCAGCGCCGAUGACAGAGGGCCAGAUGAAGAUCAAAGCCAUGCAAGAGAGAAAGAAGAAAGCAGCUGAGGUGCUCGCUAAGAACUUUCCGAAUCGCAAGACAUAG